AUGGGGGGGGGGGGGGGGGCCCACAGGCCAGCGACCUCGACGGCCAUCUUCACAGCCAGAGGCGUGGCAGGGCUCCUCCCCCGGUCAGCAAACGCUGCAAGGGAACACCGCGCCCAGGCCAGGCACACCCUCACGGAAACAGGCCCCCUGCCCUACCGAACACCGGCCCGUCCGGCACUGCUCAACCGUCCCGUGUGCAGCCAUCAGCAAGGAGCCGCCGGGCAGAAGAGCCUGGACGGGCCCUCCGGGAAGCUGUGGCGUGACGGCCGCGGGGCUGCCCAGAACAUCAUCCCCGCCUCCACAGGCGCUGCCAAGGCCGUGGGCAAGGUCAUCCCUGAGCUGAACGGGAAGCUCACUGGCAUGGCCUUCCGUGUGCCCACCCCCAACGUGUCGGUCGUGGACCUGACCUGCCGCCUGGAGAAAGCUGCUAAGUAUGACGACAUCAAGAAGGUGGUGAAGCAGGCGUCCGAGGGCCCCCUGAAGGGCAUCCUGGGCUACACCGAGGACCAGGUUGUCUCCUGCGACUUCAACAGUGACACCCACUCCUCCGCCUUCGAUGCUGGGGCUGGCAUUGCCCUCAAUGACCACUUUGUGAAGCUCAUUUCCUGGUACGACAAUGAAUUUGGCUACAGCAACAGGGUGGUGGACCUCAUGGUCCACAUGGCCUCCAAGGAGUAAGAGCCCUGAAACCAGCGGCCCCGGCAAGAGCACCGGAGGACGAGAGGCCCUCAGCUGCUGGGGAGUCCCUGCCCCCACUCAGUCCCCACCACACUGAGAAUCUGCCCCUCUUCACGGUUUCCAUCCCAGACCCCCUGGAGGAGGGGAGGGGCUUAGGGAGCCCUACCUUGUCAUGUCACCAUCAAUAAAGUCUUCUGCACCCAAAAAAAA